CUGUUACUGUCAUCAAUUUUAAAGUCAUCCUAUGUCUUCCUUGAUAUCUGUGGCUGAGUUUAAGUGGUUUCCCGCAGCUCUAGAAAUUGCAGCUCGAUUUAUAUCAGAGGGUAAAGUAAUUGCGCUUCCAACAGAUACAGUGUACGGUUUGGCAGCGGCAGCUCAAAACACACAAGCUAUCAGACAGGUGUACAAGAUCAAGGGACGAGAUCAGAAGAAGCCAUUGGCUAUAUGUGUUGACAGUGUAAAAUCAGUUUCUUGUUGGGGAAAGGCAAACAACCUCCCAUCAGGUUUACUAGAUGCCCUCUUGCCUGGACCUGUUACCAUUGUCUUAGAGCGCACUUCAAGUCUGAACCCAGAACUGAAUCCAGGCAUUGACAAAGUUGGAAUCCGUAUUCCUGACAGUGAAUUUGUGCUCCAGUUGUGCAGGAGACUUGGAACUCCAUUAGCCUUGACUAGUGCUAAUGCCAGUAAUAAACCCAGCUGUUUAGAUCCUGAGGAGUUCCGGAGCCUGUGGCCUCAUUUGGCAGGUGUGUUUCAUUCUGGAAGAAUAGGAGAUAGUGCGUCCUUUCGUGCUGGCUCCACAGUUGUGGAUCUCAGUGUUCCUUGGAAAUAUCACAUUCUCAGGCCUGGCAGUGCUCUUGCAAGUACUAAGGCAGUAUUAGAACAUUUUGCAUUUGUAGAACAUGAUGAAUAUUUUACAUUAAAAUUACAGGAGACAUAUUUUGGUUGAGUAACUUUUGAAGUGCAUGAAUACCCUAAACAGACUUACAUUGAUGAUGUAUGAUGUAUUUGACAUGAAUGAAGCUAAUAAGUUUUUGUAAU